AUGAAGAGGCGGUCGACUCGGCUCAUCUCUCUUUUGACGAUACUUACGGUCGCCGGACUCACCAUCCUCCUUCUCAGAGACUCAUCACCAUUUCGAGAAGCUCCCAAAGCACCAUUCGAACAAAGUCUACCCGCAGACUACGAAACCCUUCUGAGCCCAACAACCGAAGACUCCCACCCAAUUGCUAGGCUUAUCAACGAUGCGAACUCGCAAUUUGAGAAAAGGCGUGCUGGACAGUCGAAAACUUUGAAGGAGGCUGUACAGGAAUACCGCCGCCGUUAUGGAAUGCCGCCACCGCCGCAUUUCGAUAAAUGGUUUCAGUUUGCGCAAGAAAAAGGUGUUCAGUUGAUUGAUGAGUACGAUACCAUUUACAACUCUUUGCUUCCCUUCUGGGCGUUACCCCCUCGCGUCAUUCGCGACAGGGCUAGGGAGACUUUGGGAUUUGAUAAUGCGGUCAUUGGGUUGCUUAUUCGCGAUGGUAAAGUUACCAAGGUAGAAGGUGGAGGGGAUGGAUAUAAAUGGCAGCGAGAGGCUACGGUCGGAAUGAUGGAAGGUUUUCUUAAAUAUUUGCCUGACAUGGAUUUGGUCUUCAACACUCACGACGAGCCUCGCGUGGUCAUCCCAAAUGAUGACUUACAGAGGAUGGUAUCCUACGCAAAGGAUGUUGCAAUCCCAGCGACAAUCAAUAAUCAUGCCUUGAAAAACAAAUGGUCACCAAGACCAGUUGACUUGAAUAAGGGUGAUCGUUUCGAGGAGGUCAGAACAACUCGCUUUAAUCGCUUCGCUCACCAGCCCACGUGGACUCAUUCUCGGAUUUCAUGCCCAGUCGACAGUCCUGCCAGGUCACUUGAAGAAGUUGUCUCCGACGAUACAGCGCCGUUCGCUACCAGUGACCUUGGGUUCGUAUAUAACACGACAGCUUUCUCAGAUAUUUGUUUGUCGCCUUCUUUGAAAAGCUCUUUCGGUUUCUUUGAUCGCCCAAAUGCUUUUGACAUUGUUCACGACUUAUUCCCCGUAUUCUCUCAAAGCAAAAUAUCCAGCUUUCAGGAUAUAUUGUAUCCUAGUCCUUGGUACUGGAUAGGCAAGGUUCCAUACGACGCAACUCGCGAUUUCAACUGGGAAGAUAAGCAAGAAAAGAUGUACUGGAGAGGAUCGACAACUGGCGGAUUCUCUAGAGCCGGGGGGUGGCGACGACAGCACCGACAGCUGUUUGUCAAGAACAUCAACUCUCCCGAAGGUGCGUCCGUCUUCACCCAGCUUGACGAUACCCGAUGGAUCACCAAGAGCUUGACCCGGGCAGAAUAUGGUGAUCUCUUUGAUGUCAAGUUCACUUACGUCGGUCAAUGCGACCCAGAAGACUGCCAUGCGCAAGAAGAGUACUUUGACAUCGUCGAAUCUGCUUCUCAGCAAGACGCCUGGGCUUACAAGUAUCUCGUAGACAUUGAUGGGAAUGCCUUCAGUGGACGGUAUCACGCUUUCUUGCGGAGCAACAGUUUGGUUUACAAGCUCGCAAUGUUCCGUGAAUGGCACGAUGAAUGGCUUGAUGCAUGGGUGCACUAUAUUCCUUUGAGUAUGAAAGGUGCUGAAUACGUGGAAAGUGUACGAUAUUUCGCUGCUGAAGAAGAGGGGAAGAUCCAAGCGCCGCGGCUCGCGAAGCAGGGCAAGGAAUGGGCAGAGAAGGUUCUUCGUAAUGAGGAUCUUGAAGCCUGGUUUUUCCGAUUGCUAUUAGAGUAUGGACGACUGAUCGAUGAUAACCGGGAAAAUCUCGGGUUCAGCCUAUAA